AACGCUCGCGCGUAAUCACAAUCUUGUCUGAUAGGGACUGAAGCGGAUCCAUUUUUCCCUGUCGACGAAUAAGCAUUCCGCAGUUGGUCGAGCUCGCCGUUGGACGCCGUCCACCGUUAUCAGCCCUGCGUGGUUGUUGUCCGGCAGGUAUUUAAGAAGGUUCGAACCCUAGGGCCUCGUCUUCUAAAAUCCGUGGCUUCGAGGAGUUGCCUGAAUCCGUUGGCUUACUAAGGCAUCUUUGUUAAAGUAUCUGGAGCAAGAAUUAAAGGUUAGAAGUUAUUUCGAGUUUUGUUUCCAGCGUGAUCAUAUCAGACAUGCAGGCAUCACGGGCAAGAUUGUUCAAGGAAUAUAAAGAGGUUCAACGAGAGAAAACAGCUGACCCAGAUAUUCAACUCGUCUGUGAUGAUUCUAACAUUUUCAAAUGGACAGCCCUUAUAAAGGGACCAUCAGAGACUCCUUAUGAGGGGGGUGUUUUCCAGCUUGCUUUUGCUGUUCCAGAGCAAUAUCCUCUACAACCUCCUCAAGUGCGGUUUUUGACAAAAAUAUUUCACCCAAAUGUACAUUUUAAGACAGGGGAGAUUUGUCUGGAUAUCUUGAAAAAUGCUUGGAGCCCAGCUUGGACGCUUCAAUCUGUCUGUAGGGCUAUAAUAGCUCUGAUGGCCCAUCCAGAACCGGACAGUCCAUUGAAUUGUGAUUCAGGUAAUCUUCUGCGUUCAGGCGAUGUUAGAGGGUACCAGUCCAUGGCCAGAAUGUACACUAGACUGGCAGCAAUGCCAAAGAAAGGUUGAAUUAUUUCGAAUUCAGAAAACUCGUUCCUUGUGCAUUUCUUAGCUGCAGUUAGUGCUCCUGCGUAAAUAUACGAAAGUUAUGUGUGAUGUGUUUAUACCCUAAGAUAUUUUAAGGAAGCCAGCAACUGAUACGAGCAGUUUUUGGUAUUCCAUAUUUGCCUCAUUAUAGAUUUCAAGACACGAGCAGAUGGUUCUCAUUGUGGUUGGUGGGAUCUACAUGACUUUGUCUCUAGCAAAUAAUUGAUACUACAUAUCCAGUCAAGAACAUCUAGAUGUCCAUACCCAAUAGUGUCGGAUCACUACGAUAGAGCUUUACUUGUAUCCGAAAUCUUAAAUCCGGACACAUUUCAAGAAAUAAAUGUUGUGUUAGGAGUCAAAAUGCUUAUAAAAUAUUUAGAACAUGGAUUAUUAACGUAAAAAUCAUGCAUUUAUUGUAUUGAUAUUGAAAUUUUGCACAUUUGUCUUUAA